UCGCGGGCCGGGACGGCCGAGCGGCGGCGGCGGCGGUGGCACUGGCGCUGGUACCGGCCCUGAGCGCCAUGCAGCGGGGCAGCUCCGAGAGGGAGUUGGCGGCCGGCUGGGAGGCGGAGGCGGAGGCGGUGGCCGUGGCCGAAGCGCCGGCGGCGGCGGCGGUGGCGGCAGCGGCGGAGCCGGUCGGCGUGGACUCGGGCGCGGCCGGGGAGCCGGAGCGCCAGGCGCCGGAGGAGCAGUCCAAGGAGCGCGCCCGGGCGCAGCCCCGCGCGGCCGAGGAAGGGGACGCCCUGGUGACCCCGCGGCCGCCGCCCACGCUGCCCCUGGCGAAGCCGCAGCCGGCUCGGGUGCUGGCCCUCUGCCCGCACCGGAAGCCCCGGAGCAAGGGCCGGGGCUGCCGGCGGAGCUCGGGCCGCUCGGCGGACGAAUACUGCUCCCAGCGGCCGGUCACCGUGGACAGCUCCAAGGCCAGGACCUCCCUGGACGCCCUGAAGAUCAGCAUCCGCCAGCUCAGGUGGAAGGAGUUCCCAUUUGGCCGACGCUUGCCUUGUGACAUCUACUGGCAUGGAGUUUCAUUUCACGACAAUGACAUAUUCUCCGGCCAAGUGAACAAGUUUCCAGGCAUGACGGAGAUGGUGCGUAAAAUUACUCUGAGCAGAGCCGUGAGAAUCAUGCAGAAUCUCUUUCCUGAGGAGUACAACUUCUAUCCUCGCUCUUGGAUUCUGCCAGACGAGUUCCAGCUCUUUGUUGCUCAGGUUCGAAUGGUGAAAGAUGGCGACCCCUCCUGGAAGCCCACGUUCAUCGUGAAACCUGACAGUGGCUGUCAGGGCGAUGGCAUCUACCUCAUUAAAGACCCCAGUGACAUCCGCCUGGCAGGGACCCUACAGAGCCGGCCGGCGGUGGUCCAGGAGUACAUCUGCAAACCUCUUCUGAUCGACAAGCUCAAGUUUGACAUCCGUCUGUAUGUCUUACUCAAGUCCUUAGACCCCCUGGAGAUUUACAUAGCCAAAGACGGACUCUCUAGAUUUUGUACCGAGCCAUACCAGGAGCCCAGCCCCAAAAACCUGCACCACACCUUCAUGCACCUGACCAACUACUCCCUGAACAUCCACAGUGGCAACUUCGUCCAUUCGGACAGCACAAGCACAGGCAGCAAGAGGACUUUCUCUAGCAUUCUCUGCAGGCUCUCUUCCAAAGGUGUUGACAUCAAGAAGGUCUGGUCUGACAUCAUCUCCCUGGUGAUUAAGACUGUCAUUGCCCUGACUCCAGAGCUCAAAGUUUUCUACCAGUCGGACAUCCCCGCGGGGAGGCCGGGGCCCACGUGCUUCCAGAUUCUAGGCUUUGACAUUCUUCUGAUGAAAAACCUGAAGCCUAUCCUACUUGAAGUAAAUGCGAACCCCAGUAUGAGAAUCGAACACGAGCAAGAACUUUCUCCAGGAGUGUUCGAAAAUGUCCCCAGCCUUGUUGACGAGGAAGUGAAGGUGGCCGUGAUCAGAGACACACUACGCCUCAUGGACCCACUUAAGAACAAAAGAGAGAACCAGUCUCAGAAGCUUAAGCAGCCACGAGCUGUGAAAGAAGAGCCUUCUGACAGCGAGCUGGCCAGCGCCUCUGACGCCAACCCCAAUCCCGAAGCACACCUGCCCUCCAUCUGCCUCAAGCAGGUGUUCCCCAAAUACGCCAAGCAGUUCAACUACCUGCGCCUGGUGGACAGGAUGGCAAAUUUGUUUAUCCGGUUCCUGGGGAUCAAGGGGACAAUGAAGCUGGGACCAACAGGCUUUCGGACUUUUAUCAGGAACUGCAAACUCAGCAGCAGCAGCUUGUCCAUGGCGGCCGUGGACAUCCUCUACAUUGACAUCACAAGGAGGUGGAACUCCAUGACGCUGGACCAGCGGGACUCGGGCAUGUGCUUGCAGGGCUUCGUGGAGGCUUUCUUUUACCUGGCUCAGCGGAAGUUCAAGAUGCUGCCUCUCCACGAGCAGGUGGCCUCGCUGGUCGACCUGUGCGAGUACCACCUCUCCCUCCUGGACGAGAAGCGCCUGGUGUGCGGCCGGAGUGGCGCGUCGGGGGGCCGGGCCCCGGACAGCGGCACCCCCCAGGAGGCCGCCGCCUCGGCCCCACUGGCACAGGGCACCCCCCCGGCCUGCACAAACAGCGCCCACAAGGUCUCCCACUCCAGACACACGCUGUCCUGAGGACCCCUCAUUGCUGCAGAUGGAGAAUGAGCCCCUCUGGGCCGAAGAGAACCUUCUGGGCUUCUGGCCCGCAGAGAGGGGAGGCCGGCUGCAGAGGGCCCCUGCGAGAGAGCCCCUCCUCUGCCCCUCCUCGUCUCCACAUGCCGCCCAGCCGCGCUUGGAGAGGCGAAUGAUUCCACGCCCGCCUUCCUCUUGGUGGCCCAAUGAUUCGUGAGUCAUCGGUGGACAUAUGACAUCCCCAACGUGACAGAUGGCAGCGUCUAUUCUGGGCUCACAGGAAGCAACAACCGGGCAGAACUGUUGCGCUGGGGGCACAGGGCAGCCGGGACCCCCCAGCCUGAGCCGUGGCAGGAGACCCCGAGGAAGCCGGCCCGGCGGGGGGCCGGGGGGUGCGGUGCCGGGGCCUCCGAGAGAACUGUUCAGUCCCAGGGACAUCAUGUUCAUUUCCUCCCAGCGAGCUGUGAGAACCAAGUGGCGCUGGCACACGGGCAGACGCGACUCUCCCGUCCCCAAUCAUGUGCUUCAUGGGUGCCGGGAACAGAUCGGCCUCGUCUAUUCCUUUAGCUUGCCUGUUCCUGCAGUGUUCGCUUUGUUGUUAAUUAUGAAAUAAUGAACCAAGGAGUAACUAAGGAAGGCUCUGAGAGUCUUAGAGCUGACGGGAGCCUCGGAGGUCAUUUUGUUUGAUUUUGUUUGAACUUGAUUCCAAAGCCGGUGUCCCGCGGUCACGUGGCUUCUGAUGGCCCACCCUGCACAGAUAGGGCAUGGCCAGCUGGUGGACGGCAGGUGCUGCCAGAGGACCCUGGGUGGGUGGAGGACAGAAGACCCUGGGGAGGACCAGUGAGAGCAGGAGCCUGAUGUCCGAAGCUCAGGUGGUGGGCACGGCGGCGUGAGGGAAAGGAGGGCCCACACGCUCCCUUCCAUGAGACCCUUCCCUUGUCUCCAUCUGUGUCCCCAGGCAAAGCCCUUCUCAGAAGGGAAGACUCAGAGGCCUCCAAAGGUGGCAUUUUAGAAAACCAAGCCCUGCAGAGCUCACUCUGGGCUGUUUGUCGACCAGAGCCACCUGUAAUGACUUUGUUUUCCCAAACAGACAGCAGGACAAGAGGCCUAAGUUGGGAGGGGCAGGAGGAGGCUGAGGCUACUGAAUGCCCCUGUUCGGGGACAGUCAUCAGCCUGACUCCCCAAUCACCUUGGGUAGUUUCCUACUGCUAUUCCCAUUUUCAGAUGGGAAAAGAAAGGUCUGGGGGGGUCAUCUGUAGUGUCAGCUUGGUCCAAUUCUGUUGGUCCACCCCAGAGCCCCAUUUCCUUUAUGUCCCUGUGUGAGCGUGACUCCAGCUCCAAUCCCCCCAACCCCCCGCAACUGCUCCGGGGCAGCCCGGGGUCUCCCAGGACCCUGCCCCCUCUCCUGCAGUCUGGUGGUCUGGGCCAGGACCAUCCGUGUUCCUGAGUGGUGCUGUGAGGGAAGCCAUCUGGGAUGACCCCCAGGCCCGUUCUUCAGUCCCUGUCACUGCUGGAACAAAUGGGCUUCCCCGUGAAAGACCCAAGUGAACGUGUCUCCCACACUUGUUAGCAGCUGGGAGCAGCACAGAGGCUUUGCAACAAAGCUCUGACUUUGUUUUCAGAAAGUAAUCGCUUGCCAAAAUGGAGUGCAGUUUUCAGGUCCAAAUCAACCAUGCACAUUGGAUUGGGGGGGAGGUCAAUAGGUUGAAUUCGAGUGGCAUGGUUUGGGGUGAUUUGAAAAUGUCAGUUCUCACAGUGAGGAAUGUCCUGUCCCCCACCAUUGCACGUCAUCUGCAGGCGGGUGGCUCUGCCCAGGACCCCCAGAUCACUUUCUCAAAGGAGCCCCACCUGCGGCCAGCACCUGGAGCCCUGCACCCCGCAGUGAAAUGAGGCCAGGAAGCAACAGACAGGGCCCUUCUUUCUCAAUGCUGCUGAGCAGGAGGGAUUAGAGGCUGCUCCCUUACUGGAGAGUGAUAGACUACCCCACCUCCUUGGGGCCCAGGGGAUACCCCCCCUUGGAUAACUGGCCAGCGGUGUUGCCGGGUGCAGCUAACAUGAGAGCAAAGACAGAUGUCCCCUCUCUCCUAAAGAGAAGAGCCAAAGCUGGGGAGCCGGGGUCCAGAGAUGUCCCAUGAGAAGCUGAGCCCCCUGUGCUGUGUGCUGUGUUACCCCAUUUCCAGGAUACGGCCCUCAGGAUCCACCCCCUGGCCCUCUUCUCCCCUAGUGCCCCUUCCUCCCCCUCCUGCUGAGUCUCACACACACACACACACACACACACACUCCAGCCAAAGUCCCUGAAGGGCCCACACUCCAGAGUGGGUUCAGUGAAUGGUGAAGGCCAGGAUCUCUGAGCUCUGCCUGGGGGACAGCACGGGGCCACGCCUGUCUUGCUGCGACUGGUGCCUCGGCAGCCUCCUUCCUCUUCCACACUGGCCAUCCUGCUCCCUCCCUCCAUCCUCCAAUGAGACGAGCGCAGCUUCUCCACUGUCACAGCCAGGAGCUCUGUCCCCACAGCCUGGCCAGUGUGGAGCCCACUCGAGGUACUUCUAAAGGCGCAAGGGAGCCAGCGGGGCUGUUAGCCAGCACCCCUUGUUGAGCCCCAUCCCAGGUGCAGGGACAGAGCAUCCCGGAGACAGAAGCCUCCAUCCCCCAACAAGGGCCCUCUUGUUUCUCCUGGGGGUCCCUGUCCACUCGCCCCAGCUUGGACUUCAUCUCCUCCUGCCUCUCUCCCUGUUCAACUCAUCUUCCAUCCUCCAUCCCCGGUGGCCCCGAAGGAACUCAGAGAACCCCAGAGCUCACCACUCAAUCCCCUAAUUCAAUCAGCUGUCAUCUCUGUCCGGAUUAAGCCUCUGCUCCUUAACCCAGUGUUCAAGGCCGCUCAUAAUCCCUCCCCUUCUUUCCCUUCCAUCCUGGCCCACACACACCAGGGGGCAGCCUCGGCCUGGCCUGGUCCGGGUCCUGGCCCCCAUGCUCCUGGGGCACUCGCCCUCUGUUGUUGCCCCCCCCACCGCCCCGUCCCCUGGAAGAGAACGUGCUGUUUCCUGCCACCAUGGCCCCGGGCCCAGGAAGAGGACCCACUCCAGGCUCUCCCCGAUUUUUGCAAGCUGUUCUCUAUGCCUGGAUGGCCUCCCUUUGUCUGAUGGAUACUUAUCUUCAAGGUCCAGCUCAAACGUCCCACUGCAAUACCCCCAGCAGAAUGAACUGUUCCCUCCGUCUACUUGGGAGAAUCUGGAAACUUCUGUUACCAUGUUUGCCCUGUGGUGCCGGUUGAGUUGAUACCAAUGUUCAGUGAGUCCCAGGGGAGGAGCGCAUUACGGUGCUCCCCUCCCCAACCCGAGCCUGUGCAUACCCUUAAAAAUCAUGGAUUUUUAAACCCUGCCAAGGGAUCCACCGAACCCCUCCGUGUCCCCAGCUGGCUGUUUGGCUCCCGGGGGCCACCUCUGUCCCAUGAACUUGAGUAGACAAUGGCUCCUCUGACCCUGGACCAUCUUUCCUUUGUGCUUUGUCCCUUUGUCCUGGGUUCAGGUCUGGGUUGUGUCCCCCACCCCGUCAGCACCCCCUCUUGUUGACCUCAGAGACUAAGGCUCGCCGGGCUGGAUGACACACCCUACAGCUCCUCCCUUGAGUGGGGCCGUUUUCUUCACCUCUGCAGCCACCUGCGUCCGUCCAUCCAUCCGUCUGUCUGUCCUUGUGGGGCUGGUGAGCUCAGAGAUAAUCCCCACAUGAAUGUAGAUGCUUGGGGCAUAUGGGGGGGUGGGGGGUGGUGCUAGGACUGGUUUGGGUUAGAGCCCAGACCUUUGGAACCACGUUCCUGCCUUUCUAGAACCAACUCCCUUUCCCACGUGACGUUAGCAACACCUGCUCUGCACAUCACAGUUUACAAAGUCUGGCGCAGCCAUCCUGCCCUGGGAUCCUCCAGCAACGCAGCGAGGGGUGGGGUUCUCACCACCCUUGUCACAGACAGUCCCAAGCUCGCGGCUAGAGAAGGGCAGAGCCGGGACCCUCAGUGAAGCCCCGUGCUCCUUUCUCGGCGCCGUGACAGCUCACACAGAGACUCUGUGCUCCCAAAACCCGGAGCGGGGAGGCUCUGGAGCCCCCUUCAGAGACGUGGGAGGCUGGUGGGGGGGUGGCUCAGCUCGUACCGGGCUUCUGGGAGCUCCCAGGGGCUGCCCACCUGCUCCUCUCGUGCUGCGCACCCCAGCGGGGCUCCAGGGGCCGAUCGGCAGGUCCCUCAGCCACACAAGGGGGUGACAGGCCCUCACUCACCUGGUCCCUGGGAGCCAAGACAAGAGACAGCAAACGCAAACACAGCAAAGACACACAAAGGUGGGGCUCAACAGUCUCUGGUUUCUGAAAACUGUGUGAAAGGAUGAAGGAAAACUUUCCUUCUUGAAUGUUGUCAUCCGUCAGGACAAAUGAAGCCCAAACAGUCACCUCCUCUCCCUCUCCACCUCACCCUCAGGACACUCGAGGCUGAAAAACGGCCUCAGCUGUAGCUCCAACACCCGGAAUUUGCCUUGUGACUGGCAGAGUAUUAUGCCGAAAUAGCCUCCCUCUUUUUUUCUUUCUUUCUUUUUUUUUUUGCACUUCUUGAUUAAUGUCCUAAACUCCUCGGCCCUAUAAUUGGACACUGGGCUUGAAAUGACCGGCGUUUGAGCAGCUUCCCUCGAAGCUCAGAAAUGAUGAAAUCUCUUGCUGGGGAGCUGGUGUCCCAGCGGUCGAGGGAGCCGUUCUCCUCUGUCGGCGAGGUCAAGGGACCUAAAACCCACCUGGCCCUGACUGAGAUUUUUGGCCAGUCUUCGAUUCGGUGUGAUGAACGGGACAGGGAUUUUCCCAGAUGGCAUACCGAUUUCUCCCUCAUGAAAUAAACCCAAAAUGUGUUUCCCUUCCCAGGGACGAAGGAGCUCUGCAGAACAUUCACCCUACUCCAUUACCUCCGUCUGUAGUAACCAAAAGUCCUGACGUUUAUAUAACUAGGAAAACCACGCAGCCCAGUGCGCUCGCUCUCUCUCUCUCUCUCUCUCUCUCUCUCUCUCACACACACACACACACCAUCACGCUUUUGUAUAAAACGGCAAAAUUACUGAUGAUUUUCUCAUUUCUGGCAAUUUCUUUCUGAGUCUUAUUUAGAGGUCCUAGGAAAGGGGGCUCUGUGCAGCCGUAGGGUGACAUAACCUGUCCCCAGAGGCUCUUGAGAAACGUUCUCUGACGUGAAGGUGCUUGCGAGGAUUCCGACCAGGACCAAGGUCCUGGGCCUUGGGGACCCUGGCUGCUCCUUGCUGGGGCUCCCCGGGACGCUCCCAGGCUGCAGGAGCGAGGCCUCGGCCCGGGAUGGAGGAAGCCAGCCUGGAUAGUUUCCCUGCAGAACCUCUUGCAUCACAACGGGAAACCAAAGACCUGCUUUGGCUGCCCCUGUCACACUUUCUCACCGACGACUUCGCUGCCCUCUCUCUGCCCUCUUUCGGACCCCUAUGGUGGCCAUGGUGUCCUCAUGACCAUGAGGAGCCUGUCACCAGACUUGUUGUCUGGGAGCUACCUUGACAAAUGUCUGUUGAGAUAUGCUAGAACGGGACGGAUGCCAGAGAACGCUGGUGCCCACCUGGACGUCCCCGCCAGAGGGGCCCCUCGAGGUGCCGCGGGGGCCCCGCGCUCCAGCCGCCCUCCCUCCAGGCAGGACUCUGCUGCAGCUCCUGCCUCUGAAAAGCCUUUAAACACUCUUUAUUAAAUUUUCAUGGCACAUAAAAUCAAGGUUCUGUUACUUGGCCUCAGUUGUCUUGGUAACUUCGUAAAAUGCAAUAAUAAAACAAAGCCGAGUGUUGCUAAACACAGGCUCAUUGUAGAAACGGC